AUGGGUUCCCUGGCUCAAAAAUCAGUUCUCGUACUAUGCGGCGACUACAUGGAAGACUACGAGGUCGCCGUCCCUUUCUAUAUCCUUGGAGCCUUCGGCGUCCGCGUCGACUGCGUCUCCCCCGGUAAACUCCCCGGCCAUCGAUGCUUCACCGCCGUCCAUGACUUUAUGGGCUUCGAGCUGUACACAGAGCUGCAGGGGCAUUUCUUCACCCUGAACGCCAACUACGAGCAAGUGAAGGCCGACUCCUACGACUGCCUCCUGAUCCCCGGCGGGAGGUUCACGGAGCUCCUCAGCGCCGACGACAAGGCGGUGGGUCUGGUGAGGAGGUUCGCGGAGGCCGGGAAGCCGGUUGUCACCAGCUGCCACAGUCAGAUCAUGCUGGCCGCGGCGGGGCUGCUGGAAGGGAAGAAGUGCACUGCCUUCACUAGCUUGAAGCCGGUGAUCGAGCUCGCCGGCGGGAUCUGGUGGGAGCAGCCUGGGAUUCAGUCGGUGCUCGACAUCACCGCCUGCCUUACCGACGGCAACAUCAUUAGCUCAAUUGGGUGGCCGGCUCAUGGUGAGUACAUGAAGGUUGUGCUGGAAUCCAUCGGGGCCAAAAUCGCUGGGCCUACCAAACCCAAUUCUGUGCUCGUCGUCUUCGCUGAUUAUGUAGAAGACUACGAAGCAAACGUGCCUUUCCGGGCGCUGCAAGGGCUGGGUUGCAAAGUGGACGCAGUGAGCCCAACAAAGAAAAGAGGGGAGAGUUGCCCCACCGCAAUCCACGACGACGAGGGAGCCCAAAUCUGCAGCGAGAAGCGCGGGCACAACUUCGUCGCCACCGCCAACUGGGACGACAUCUCCGUCGACGACUACGACUGCCUCGUGCUGCCCGGCGGGCGGGGUCCGGAGCUCCUGGUCUCCAACGACAAGGUGAUUGCUCUGGUGAAGGAGUUCUCCGACAAGGGCAAGGUGAUCGGCGCCGUCGGACAGGGGAAACUGCUCCUGGCCGCGGCGCGGGUCCUGAAGGGGAAGAGGUGCGCCGUCGACCACGGGACGAAGGUGCUCGUCAAGGUGGCCGGCGGCGAGGUGGCGGAGGCGGAAGGAUGCGUGACCCACGGCAAGCUUGUCACGGCGAGCGGGUGGCCGGCGCUCUCUGAUUUCGUGUCGCAGUUGUCCAAAGCGCUCGGCUUGUCCGUCUCGUUUUGAUGCGUUUUGGAUUCAAGUUGAUGGGGGGUGUGGGAUUGGAUCUAAUAAAGUAAACGCGAUGUGAAAUUUGUGUGUGGUGUGCUCGGUCUUGUCAUGGCCACUUGGUUGCUAUAAGUCUUUGUUUUUAUGUGUUAGAGGCGAGUACGUUGUAACAUCUUUCAAUUCAUCCAUUUAGUGCACCCUUUUAAACACAUAAUUCACAUAUGAGGAAACCCUAAACUAUUCAAAACCUUAAGCAAAUUAAAUAACCCAAAUCAAUGUUGUGGUA